AUGAGCGACCCCCAAGAGGCAGCAUUGAUAGCAGAGGUGAGAGCAGCCGCAAAAGCAGCGCGCGCCCGGCCGCCCCGCGUCCCCUCGCCGACAGCCGAGCUCUGCGACGUGUGCCUCAGACCCUACAACCACUGGAUCGUCAACGCCCAUUACUGCUCCGUCUUCGACGAGAUCGAGAUCCUAUGGCAGAAGACCAACGCCAAGCGCGAAAAGCACCGCAAGGCCCUCUGCAAGCUCCGGGAGGAUAACCCCCAGCACCAGGACGCGGCGCGCGACGCCGACACCGUGGACUACAUGAUCCGGCGUUUGCACGAGGCGGGGUGCGAGCUGGCGCCUGCCGUCAGCCUCAACAUGGAGCGUCUCCGUCUGAACAGGAUUCGGGAUUGGGAGGAGGCGUCCGAGCGCAACGAGAAGCUCGAGAAGGCGAUGGAUCGUGCGCGCAACGAAGAGAGCAAGGCGCAGGCCUUCUUUGAGAGCACGCUUAUUCUUCGUCACUUUGGUUUGAUGGAGAAGUACGGGCGGAAUGCGGUGAGGGCGACGCGGUUGAUAGGCGAGAUCGUGGAUCUCGAGCCUGAACAGCAGCAGGAGGAGGAGGGGCAGCGGGAGAAAAAGCCUGAUCUCCCGGCGAAGAAGGAGGAAGAGGAAAGGGGGGAGGGGGAUGGAACACUCGCGAGCGCAGUACAGCCAGUCGUGCCGGGUCGAAGAGCUGGAGGGUCAACAUAUAUUCAUCCUCCGGCGAAGGAGGAGGAGGAGGAAGAGAUGGGAACAAUUUCAGGCGCAGUGCAGCCGGCUGUGCCGGAGCGAAGGGCUGCUGAAGGAUCGAGAGUAGCUGGUUCUCCGGUAAAGAAGGAAGAGGAGGAAGAGGCAAUGAGAUCUGUGAACGCGGUCGCGCCGGGCCCCGACGAAUCCAUCAACUGCGGGAAGGCCGGAGAGGACUCCGCGAAGGACGUCUCGCAGAAUACAGCCGUACUCGACCUGAGUAUCACGGUGAACAACGGACGAUGA